CCGGAGUACUACUGAAUCCUGCAAGUUUGAGCUCGCGGCGUUGCUAAGCUACUUGUUGGCAAAUGUGGUUACCUCAGCCAGCGUUUCAGCAGUCUCCUCUGUAACAGCCGGUGUGGACCUACAUUAAUGUAAUGGCUGUGGCGAUGAGCUCCACCUGCCCGGGCCUUUACUGUGGAAAAACCCUCAUUAACGGGACAAUAGAAGGAGAAUGUGGGGUAUGUCCCCGAGGUGAGAGAGCAAACCUAGACAAGAUCUGUCAGAAGUGUACGGGUUCUCCGGAGCUCUACGACUGGCUGUACAUGGGCUUCAUGGCCAUGCUGCCAUUGGUCCUGCACUGGUUCUUCAUCGAGUGGUACUCUGGCAAGAAAAGUUCCAGUGCCGUUCUGCAGCAUGUGACUGCCCUGUGUGAGUGCGGUGUGGCAGCGGUGAUUACCCUGCUGCUGAACGACCCAGUGGGCGAGCUGACCAUCCGCUCCUGUAGGGUCCAGAUGCUUUCCGACUGGUACACCAUGCUGUACAACCCGAGUCCAGACUACAUCACCACGCUGCACUGCACCCAGGAGGCCGUCUUCCCCCUCUACACUAUUGUGCUGAUCUACUACGCCUUCUGCCUGGUGUUCAUGAUGCUGCUGCGGCCGCUGCUGGUGAAGAAGAUUGCGUGCGGUUUGGGAAAGACUGACCGCUUCAAAAGCAUCUAUGCUGCGCUGUACUUCUUCCCCAUCCUCACCGUGUUGCAGGCGGUCGGAGGAGGACUCCUCUAUUACGCGUUUCCCUACAUCAUUCUGGUCCUGUCGCUGGUCACGCUGGCUGUGUACAUGUCCGCUUCAGAGAUCCAGUCCUUUAAGAACCUCGUGGCCAAAAAGAAGCGUCUGGUGGUUCUGUUCAGCCACUGGCUUCUCCAUGCUUACGGCAUCAUAUCCAUAUCCCGACUGGAUAAACUCGGGCAGGAUUUGCCGCUGUUGGCCCUCGUGCCUGGACCUGCACUCUUUUAUUUACUCACAGCCCGAUUCACCGAACCAAACCGCAUUUUAUCAGAAGGAGGAAAUGGACACUGAGGCGUCCGUCUGUGUGUCUCUGCGUGUCCAUCAGUGUAUUAUUACCUAAAUGAGCUACGGGGUGAAUGUUGAAAAGGAAGUCUGUCUCACCUAAAAUCUUUUGUCUACCUGCCUUGCAGGAGCUGAUUUAAAAAGUUCCAUGUUGAAUUCAUAUGAACAGUUUAUAAAUCUGGACUUUUGCUGCUAUUUUAAUGAAGCAUUUAUUUAGAAGUGACAUUUCACAGCUUAAUGAGAUUUGGAUGAUUUUACAUUUAUUUAUUUUGUUUUUUGGUGAAACAGACGUCCGUGACUACCUCCAUUAGCUACGUAGUUGAGUAAAUCCAAGGUUAAAGUGUGUGUGUAUAUAUAAUUUUUUUUUUUUUUGUACAUUUAAUUUUUCACUUUUUCUUUAAACCGAGGAAAUGCAUGUCCUGUGCAUGUUUGUUUCACUGUUCAUUGAAGAAUAAUUGAAAUAAUUCAUUCAGGACAUAAAUGGUUUAAAAGGAAUAGUGGUUAUGCUUUAAAUUGGCAUGCAGUUUGUUCAUUUGCAUGUUUUACCAGAAAAAUGUAGACUUUAAAGCAGCUCACUGAUGCUGGAGAUGAUAAAUACAGUAAUACAAUCAGUCAAGAGCCAUAACCAUCUUGGUCUUUUUUUUUUUAAAAGCACAGAUUGAUUUUCCUUUAUAAAUGUCUCUGGAAUCUGGUUUGUGCCCCCAUCCCCACGUUUAGAGACACUGAACCGCCUCAAUACUUUGCAGGAAAGCUGUAAAUUAUAACUGAAUGGUACAUUUUCUUACUUUGUAACUUUGGACAGGUGUGUGUUUGUGUUUUUCCAUUUCUGUCUGUUGUCUGUAUUGCAGCUGGUCUGUGAAAUGUACUCGUUAUUUAUUCUGUAAUUUUGUCUCUUUUUGUAAACUACUGUGUGCCAAACUAUCAUGUGUGGUUUGAGAAUUAUAAAUGUGUUUGCUGGGUAAAUAAUGGAUAUAUAGACUUUUUAUAUAUCUAUAUAGACUUUUUAUUUUAAAGCAUAUAUACUCUAGCAUGCAUAUGUGCAUAUACAUAUAUAAAAAAAAAAAUAGGACUGGCUUUUUGGAUUCUGUUGAGAAAUAAAUGUCUCUUAAUCUUGCAUGUAAAUUCAGAGUUUUACUUUUUGAUAAAUAUUAAAAAAAAAAAUCCAGUUAAUGGUGCAAUAUAAAUGGAUAAAAUAUGACACUAU